CCAAGAUGGCGGCCGCAUACCCGGAAGUUGGUCAAGGCCGGAGCUACCGCUGUGGACCUCGAAGCCGGCAGCCUUAAGUCCGCCGCUGCUGCCGCCGCCGCCUCGGGGCUUUUGGUUCUCCCCCCACCUCCCGGCCGAGGGUCCCUGUUCGUGUGUUGGGGGAGAGCGCGAAGACCAGGAUAUGUUACAGAGGGAAGGGCCGAGAUAAGGGAUCUCCUUGGACCUCCAGAGACCGACCGCGGCUUCCGAUUCCUCCAUGAAGCAGCACAAAGCCUGAUGCCCACUUUGCCCCUCACCAUGGACAGGGGGAGGAGUUACCACCCGCCAUGUACACACCAGCAGCCCGGCAAUACACUGUAUAGGACACCCACCCUUCAAACCCAGUUUGGCUUGCCCACCACUGAGAAUUCUGCUUCCGGCUGCUGGAGUUCAUCCCUGUUUGCACCUCCUUCGUAUUCAGCACCAUUUUUCCUGAAUGAAAACCAGCAAUAUUUUAAUGCCCCUUCGAAUUUCUACACCAAUUCCACCAACGGGCAGCUCUUCUCGGAUCCCAACUUCGCACCUCAAGGCCUUGCUGAUUUCUUACCCAGAAAUGGCGACUUCGCUCAGAAUUUCCAUAUUUCUUUUUCCGUUCAGGUCUUGCCUCCUGAUUUGGAAAAUCUAGAAGGCUUACAGGGAAUAGAAAAUCACAUCACUGCCACUCAGGACAUCCCUCGUCUUUCAAGCAUUCAGUCCCAAACUCAGGUAGAAGAGGAAGAGGAGGGUGACGAUGACGAAACAGAAGAACUGGGUCAUACAGAGACGUACGCCGAUUAUAUCCCUUCCAAAUCGAAAAUUGGGAAGCAGCAUCCUGAUCGAGUGGUAGAAACCAGCACGCUUUCCAGCGUCCCUCCUCCAGAUAUCACCUACGUCCUCUCUCUCCCCGAAUCGAUUGGUGAAAACGGGUUGCUCUCUGCGCUGCAACUGGAAGCUAUCAUUUACGCCUGCCAGGAACACGAAAACUUGCUUCCCAACGGGCAAAGAGCCGGAUUCCUGAUAGGAGACGGUGCGGGCGUAGGGAAGGGCCGGACCAUUGCAGGGAUCAUCUAUGAAAAUUAUCUGAAGGGAAGGAAGAAGGCUCUGUGGUUCAGCGUCUCAAAUGAUCUGAAAUACGAUGCCGAGAGGGACCUGAAGGAUAUCGAUGCGCCUAACCUCCCUGUCCAUGCUUUAAACAAGAUUAAAUACGGUGACACGGCUACCUCGGAGGGGAUUUUAUUCGCCACUUACUCCGCCUUGAUCGGUGAAAGCCAAGCGGGCGGCCAGCACAGGACCAGGUUGAACCAGAUUCUGGAUUGGUGCAAGGACGAUUUUGAUGGUGUUAUUGUGUUCGACGAAUGCCACAAAGCCAAAAAUGCCAGCUCUACCAAGAUGGGCAAAGCAGUAUUGGACCUGCAGAAAAACCUGCCUCAGGCGAGAGUCGUCUACGCCAGUGCCACAGGUGCCUCUGAGCCAAAGAAUAUGAUUUACAUGAGUCGGCUGGGGAUAUGGGGAGAAGGCACCCCCUUUCGCUCCUUUGAAGACUUCCUCCAUGCCAUUGAAAAGAGAGGUGUUGGGGCAAUGGAGAUCGUUGCCAUGGAUAUGAAAGUGAAUGGGAUGUACAUCGCUCGACAGCUCAGCUUUUCUGGAGUCACUUUCCGGAUAGAAGAAAUCCCACUGGACGCGGCAUAUAAGGACGUGUACAACAAGGCAGCGAAGCUGUGGGCAGAAGCCCUGGUGGUUUUCCAAAAGGCUGCGGACCUCAUUGGCCUGGAGUCCCGGAAGUCUCUCUGGGGUCAGUUCUGGGGGGCUCACCAGCGCUUCUUCAAGUACCUCUGCAUUGCUGCCAAAGUCCGGCGUCUGGUGGAGCUGGCCAAGGAGGAGCUCAGCAAGGGCAAGUGCGUGGUGAUCGGGUUGCAGUCGACGGGGGAAGCGCGCACCCGGGAAGUUCUGGACGAGAACGAAGGGCACCUGAACUGCUUUGUGUCGGCAGCCGAAGGCGUCUUCCUUUCACUAAUUCGGAAGCACUUUCCUUCAACCAAACGAAAAAGAGAAAGAGGAAGUAUCAAUAAAAGAAAACUAAAGCAGAGAGUCCGAGGCCUUAACAAAGUGAUGCGAAUCGCCCACGACCACUACAGCAGUAGCAACGACAUCAUCAAGAUCAGCUCCGAGAGCAGCACGGAUUCUGAGCCAGGUUUGGAGAGCGAUUUCAAUUCCUCUCCGGAGUCCCUGGUGGAAAUGGAGGACGUGGCCAGCAGAUACAAACCCAUCAAUGGCGCCAUGUGUAAUGAUCCAAUUGGCCUAUAUUGGCCGAACCACCAAAAGGAGAUGAACGGAUCAGGGACUCCGGAAUGCGUGGAGAGCAUGAAGCAGGAACUGCUGUCUCAAGUGAAGGAAUUGGGCAAAGAGCUACCUCUUAACACUUUGGACGAGCUGAUCGACUACUUUGGAGGCCCAGAAAAAGUAGCAGAGAUGACCGGGCGGAAGGGACGAGUCGUGCGGAGGCCCGGUGGCUCCGUGGUGUUUGAAUCGCGAGCUGAGCAAGGCCUUUCGAUUGACCACGUGAACCUCAAGGAGAAGGAGCGUUUCAUGAAUGGAGACAAACUCGUAGCAAUAAUCUCGGAGGCCUCCAGCUCAGGGAUUUCUCUCCAAGCAGACAGACGGGUAAAGAAUCAGAAACGGCGGGUCCACAUGACGCUGGAAUUGCCCUGGAGUGCUGACCGAGCCAUACAGCAGUUUGGCCGCACGCAUCGUUCCAACCAGGUGUCUGCUCCAGAGUACAUUUUUCUCAUCUCCGAACUGGCUGGCGAGCGACGGUUUGCAUCCAUUGUGGCGAAACGCUUAGAAAGCCUUGGUGCCUUAACUCACGGUGACCGAAGAGCGACUGAAUCCCGGGACCUCAGCAAAUACAACUUUGAGAAUAAGUAUGGAAUCAGAGCCCUCGAUAAAGUCCUGCGCACCAUCUUCCAACAGACUGAGAGCAAAGUCCCUGUGCCAAAGAUUUAUCAAGAAGGAGAUGCGGCUUUUUUCAGUGAAAUGAAGCAGUCCCUCCUCUCCGUGGGAAUCUCUUGCAAGGAGAUGCGAUACGGCUUCAUGACCAUGGAGAAAGACUGUUCCAUCACCAAGUUCCUAAAUCGCAUGUUGGGCCUGGAGGUUGACAAACAGAAUCUGCUCUUCCAGUACUUCAACGACACUUUCGACUACCUGAUCGAGCGGGACAAGAAAGAUGGCAAAUAUGACAUGGGGAUUCUGGACUUGGCUCCGGGCAUUGAUGAAAUCUACGAGGAGAGCAAAGAGAUUUUCCUAACGCCAGGCCACCCACAAGAUGGCCAGGUGGUCUUUUACAAGAUCAGCGUGGACAGAGGGUUGAAGUGGGAGGAGGCCUAUGAGAAGUCACUUCAUCUGACGGGCCCUAAUGAUGGAUUCUACCUGUCCCACAAGGUUCGAGGCAACAAAUACAUUUGCCUCCUAGCCGAACAGACCCGUGGGAAAUACUUCACCCUCUACAAGCCGAACAUCGGGAAGCAGAGCCAGCUGGAGACCAUGGACAGCCUUUUUAAGAAGUACCAGCCGGUGUCGCCAGCGGAUGCUCAGCCCCACUGGGAGAGCAGUUACGACUUCUCCCUGAAGCACUGCAACCACGCCGUAUGGAACAGGAACUGCAAGGUUGUCCAGGAAGGAAAGGAAUGUUUCCAAGGCACGCGUUUACGCCACUAUUACAUGCUUUGCGGGGCCCUCUUGCGCGUCUGGACCAAAAUCGCUAGCAUCAUGUCUAACAUCACCAACACCAGCUACCUGCAGAUCGUCCGCCUCAAGACCAAAGAGAAGAAAAAGCAAGUUGGGAUCAAGAUACCGGAGAAUUGCGUCCAUCAGGUGCUGAAGGAGCUGAAGCAGAUGGACGAGAACGUCAAACUGAAACAGAAGCAGAUUCAAGCCAUGAGGGCCGCCGUCGUGCCCAGCCAGCCCUACUCGCAGGUCAUCCCACCGCUGGACUUUAGCCAGCCUGCAGGAUUUCUCUCUGCCCAGCACUCUUCCUUGACGCAGGACGAGGUCUGGGACCUGACCAGCCCAUCCGCGGAAGGCCUUCCGGACUUCUGGACGCACCCAUCUCCUCCUCCUCCUCCUCCUCCUCCUCCUACUAUGCACCCCCCGCUGCCCCCGGCCCCCUCCCAGUUCAACUUCCACCCUCCCUACGACAGCACGGGGUUGGUGGGCAGCCUGGCGCUCAGCGGCUCCCCUUCCCAGCACGAACCCAUGGCCCCGACGCCAGCCCUCCCUCUCCCCCUGGCGGACAGUUUCUCCCCGGCCAGCCUGAACUUCCGAGAACUCUUGGAGGAGAUGAUGCUGAACCCUCACGGUUUGGGGGGCGAGAACAGCGAGCAGGAGCGCCAGAGUGUCAUCCAGUUCAGCGGGCCCCUCUCCAACCUCUUCGAUGCCAGCUGAGUUGGGGGGGGGGGGGCGUGGGAUGUUUUUAAUCCUGGGUUGGAACGGACCACUUCAAAAAAACAAAAGGGGUGGGCGGAGAGAAAUCUAGUUCAGGGGUCUCCAACCUUGGCAACUUUGAGA